AUGUCGCAUAAUUUACUUGAAACCGUCAAAUCAUUUACUUCACAAGAAGGAGCUGUCUCUGAGGUACCCCAUUUAUAUAGAGGUGAAGAACAUCAUAAUAAUGAUGAUAAUAAUGGUGCUAAUGGUGAUAAUGGUGAUAAUGAUGUUGGUAAUGAAAUACUGAAUAGUAAGAAAUCUCAUGAAUUCUACGAUUCAGAAUUUAUCGCUAAUACUACUUCAAUACAACCAGGUAGUAAUGUUUUUGUUCCAGAAUAUAAUGAAAAAGAACCAACAGUUUUAGAAUGGUUUCAAUAUGUCUUUGCUGAUCCAUUAGGAAAAGCUUUACACUAUUUAAGAUCAUUAUUUCCUAUAUUGAAUUGGAUUUUCCAUUAUAAUUUAAAAUGGUUAUAUGGUGAUUUAGUGGCUGGUAUUACUGUUGGUGUUGUUUUAGUUCCUCAAUCUAUGUCUUAUGCUCAAAUUGCUGGUUUAGAACCUCAAUAUGGUUUAUAUUCAUCAUUUGUUGGUGUUUUUAUUUAUUCAUUUUUUGCAACUUCAAAAGAUGUUUCAAUUGGUCCUGUUGCUGUUAUGUCAUUACAAGUUUCAAAAGUUAUUGCUCAUGUUCAAAGUCAACAUGGUGAUACAUAUUCACCUCCAGAAAUUGCAACCUUUUUGUCAUUAAUUUUAGGUGGUAUUGCUGCAGGUAUUGGUAUUUUAAGAUUAGGUUUCAUUUUGGAAUUUAUUUCAACUCCUGCUGUUAUGGGUUUUAUGACUGGUUCAGCUUUAAAUAUUAUUACUGGUCAAGUCCCAGCUUUAAUGGGUUAUAAUAAAUUAGUUAAUACAAGAGCUUCAACAUAUCAAGUUGUUAUAAAUACAUUAAAAAAUUUACCACAUACAACGAGUGAUGCAGCAUUUGGUUUAGUUUCUUUAUUCAUAUUAUAUUUAUGGAAAUUUUUAUGUGGUCAAGGUCAAAAGAGAUAUCCAAAAUAUAAAAUGAUAUUCUUUUACAUUGAACAAUUGAGAAAUGCAAUAGUUAUAAUUGUUGCAACUGCCAUUUCAUGGGGUAUAGUUCAUCCAAAAAAAGUUGCAUUUGAUGGUCCUUCAAGUGAUUUCAAAGCACCAUUCAGUGUUUUAGGUCCUGUUCCAAGUGGUUUAAGACAUGUCGGAGUUCCUCAAAUUCCAGAUGGUAUAAUUGAUGCUAUGGCCGCUGAACUUCCUGUCUCUGCUGUUAUCUUAUUAUUGGAACAUAUUGCAAUUUCCAAAUCUUUUGGUAGAGUUAAUGAUUAUAAGGUUAUUCCUGAUCAAGAAGUUAUUGCAAUUGGUGUUAAUAACUUAAUUGGUACCUUCUUUAAUGCUUAUCCAGCUACUGGCUCAUUUUCAAGAUCUGCAUUAAAAGCAAAAUGUGGUGUUAGAACUCCAUUAGCGGGUAUCUUUACUGGUUGUGUUGUUUUAUUAGCUUUAUAUGCAUUAACUUCAAGUUUUUAUUAUAUUCCAAAAGCUGCAUUAUCAGCUGUUAUUAUUCAUGCUGUUUCUGAUUUAAUUGCUAAUUAUAAAGUUACUUGGUCAUUCUGGAGAAUAAGUCCUAUAGAUUGUGGUAUUUUUUUAAUUGCUGUUAUUUUAACAGUUUUUGUUACAAUCGAAGCGGGUAUUUAUUUUGCAAUUGCAUGUUCAUUAUUCAUUUUAUUAUUUAGAAUUGCAAUUCCAAAUGGUCAAUUUUUAGGUAAAAUUCAAAUUGCUGAAGUUUUAAAUCCAAUAAUUGAAGAAUCAAAAUACGAAGUUGAUGCAUCCAGUGAAUCUUCAACAGAUUCAUCAGAUGAAUUAGAAAUUCAUCAAGUAUUAUCUAAUAGUUCAAGAUCAAAUGAUGAUAAAAAAUUGAAAAUUAAACAAGAAACAAAUUAUCCUGUUCCUCCUUCAUCAUCAUCAAUAAAUAUUCAAACUUUAACUAAAAAGAAUCCUAGUAUCAAAUUUCAUACAAGAUGGGUCCCAUUAAGUAAAGAAAAUUUAAAUAAUGGUGUCAAUGUCACACCACCACCACCUGGAGUUGUUGUUUUUAAACCUCUUGAAUCAUUCACAUAUCCAAAUUCUUCAAGACAAAUUGAUAGAGUUUCAGAUGAAGCUAAAAGAUUAACAAGAAAAGGUAAACCAUAUAAUUUUGCAGAUACUGGAUCAAGACCAUGGAAUGAUCCUGGUCCAUUAAGAUGGAAUAUACCAUUUAUUAAAAAAUUUCAAUCAAAAAAUAUUCAACAGCAAGAUGACCAAAGACCUUUAUUAAGAAUAGUUCAUUUUGAUUUUUCAACAGUUUCCCAAAUUGAUGUUACUUCAAUACAAGCAUUAGUAGAUUUAAGAAAAGCAUUAAAUAAUUAUGCUGAUAGAGAAGUUGAAUUUCAUUUUAGUGGUAUAUUAAGUCCAUGGAUAAGAAGAGGUUUAAUUAAUGCUGGUUUUGGUAAUUAUGAAGAUGGAUUAAUAUCGAGUAAUACUUAUGUUAAUUUAGCAACUUCAUAUGAAUUAGAUGUAGAAUUAGAAUCACAACAAUCAUAUCAUGCUGCAGUUGGUACAAAUACUCCAUUUUUUCAUUUAGAUAUACCGAAUUAUUCAUAG